AUAUAGUGAAUGCAGGGUACGGGGAGACCAGAUAUAGUGAAUGCAGGGUCCAGGGAGACCGGCAAUAGUGAAUGCAGGGUCCAGGGAGACCGGAUAUAGUGAAUGCAGGGUCCAGGGAGACCGGCAAUAGUGAAUGCAGGGUCCAGGGAGACCGGAUAUAGUGAAUGCAGGGUCCGGGGAGAGCAUAUAUAGUGAAUGCAGGGUCCGGGGAGAGCGGAUAUAGUGAAUGCAGGGGUCCGGGGAGACCGGAUAUAGUGAUGCCGGGUCCGGGGAGACCAGAUAUAGUGAAUGCAGGGUCCGGGGAGAGC